AUGAGACGCAAAUUUCAAAAAUCCCUCAUCCAACUCACCGUCUUCGGGUGCAUCCUAUUCCUCAUCCUCUACCUGAACUGCCCGCCCUCGCUAUCUCCCGUUAAGAAAAACCCCCAAACAUACCCAUGGACUAGGGUCACCUACCAGACCAACUCAGAGGUCCUCCCACUGGCCCGCGGCCUCUGCCCGGGCCUCAAAGAAUCCUCGAAACCGGCGCUCGUCAUAUCCCGAGUCGAAGCUGACGGCGAUCCCUCGUGGCUCGAUGCGCUCAGCAAGAAGUACCACAUCUGCGUAUACACCGUCGACGCACCCGAGGACCCGAAGUCCAAAUCGCUCCGAGUCCCGGCCAACCGCGGCCAUGAAGCGAUGACCUACCUGACCUUCAUCAUCGACAACUACGAUCAGAUCCCGACGCGCGGCGCCGUCUUCGCGCACGGCUCCCGCUUCGCCUGGCACAACGACCACCCGGUAUACGACAACGCCGACCUCCUCGCCGCGCUCAACAUCCCCGCUGCCCUGGAACCAUGGGGCUACCACAACCUCCGUUGUGACUGGAGUCUCAGCACCUGUCCCUCCCAUGUGGCGCCACAGGGCAGCCUCGAAAACACCUUCACGGCCAUCCUCCAGCCCUGGAGCGCGCGCGCCGUGUCUGACAUCGCGCUCCCCAAAGCCCUCGAUGCCCUAUUCGGUACCGGCGCGGGGAGCCAUGCCAAGCUGGGCCGCACACACACCGUCCGCUCGCAAUGCUGCGCGCAAUUCGUCGUUGCGCGAGACAACAUCCGUCGCCAUGCCAGGGACGAGUUUGUCGCGUUACGACAGUGGCUGUUGGACGCGGGGACUCAUCGCAACGCGGCGCCCUUGGAUGACCGGACCUCCGGCCGUAUCCUGUCCUACAUCUGGCACAUCCUAUUUAUCAAGCAGAAUCCGGUGCCGGGGGUCUCGGAGGGGGUUGACCUAGAAGCGUUGAAUCACCAAGCUUGCCCCUCUGCGAAGGAUUGCUAUUGUCGGUUGUAUGGACGGUGUGGGCUGGAGAAGUGCAAGUCGCCCGGUUCUUGCUUUGGGCAGUAUCGUCUGCCGAAGGAUUUGAGGUUGCCUGAUGAUUGGGCUGCUACGCAUUGA